UCCGUGGGCUGUUCCGCUUCCAUCACUCGCCUCCCCCCGAUUAUAGCUGUUUCUCCUAUCUACGAGCAGGCGACUAACAUGGAUGUUGUAAAUCAGUUGGUUGCCGGUGGACAGUUCCGGGUGCUGAAAGUCCCACUGGGCUUUAUCAAAGUCUUACAAUGGGUGUUUGCCAUCUUUGCAUUCUCCACCUGUGGGAGUUACUCCGGCUCCUUCAGGAUGAGCGUGGAGUGCAGAAACAGAUCAGACAGUGACCUGAAAAUAACUGUGGAUUUUGAGUAUCCCUUCAGGCUCCAUCAAGUGUAUUUUGAUGCCCCUGUCUGCAAGAAUUCCCAAAAGGAGCGUUUCUUCCUGGUUGGGGAUUACUCAUCCUCAGCAGAGUUCUUCGUCACCAUAGGCGUUUUUGCAUUCCUGUAUUCAAUGGCAGCUCUCAGCAUCUAUGUCUUUGCCUUUGAGAAAUACCGUGAGAACAAUAAAGGACCACUUAUUGAUUUUGGUGUGACGUGUGUAUUCACCUUCAUGUGGCUGGUGAGCUCGGCAGCAUGGGCCAAGGGCUUGUCUGAUGUCAAGACAGCUACAGACCCAGAGAAGGUUCUAGACCUGGUCCCCGCUUGUGAACAGGAAGGCAACCACUGCCGUGAAGUUAACGACCCUGUCAUGUCUGGUCUUAAUACUUCUGUGGUCUUUGGCUUCCUCAAUCUGAUCUUGUGGACGGGUAACCUGUGGUUUGUAUUCAAGGAGACCGGGAUCAUCGCACCAUUUAUGCGCCAACAGCCCCCCCAGGAGAAGCAGCCUGCCCCUGAUUCCUAUGGGCAGGGAGGUUAUGGGCAGCAGGACCCAUACGCCGGCUCCCAGGGAGGCUACCAGCCCGAUUACAGCCAGCAAGGCUACAAUCAAGGUGGAGACUACGGUCAGGGUGGAUAUGAACAGCAGGGGGCACCCACCUCCUUUUCCAACCAGAUGUGAGCGAAGAAGUAUCUGAGGAAGCAGGAGAUGGCUGAAAGACGUUGAUCGUGUGACUCUAGCAGUGUGGUGCCUGAACCCUACCCACAACCCCACACUUCUCCCUGUUUGUGCAUCUGUGCUUACGUCUGUGAAAGAUAAGAGGGGCGGGAGGGAGGGAGGGAAGGGAAGGGGUCUAUUCCAAAAUCACAUAUAGAUGGGAGGGGGAUAGAGCGGAGGAAAUUUUAAUGUGCUGUUUAUUAUUGUGAUGUAUACAACUAAAAAAGUUUGAUCAAAUUUCAUAACACUUGAAUACUGUACCAAAAUAUAUGAAAAAGUAUAUGAACCCUAUAUGAAUUUUGAAUUGAUGAUGUUGACAAUAGUAAUGCUAAACUUGAGAGAAUGUAUUUGUCUGUGCUGUAUAGAUAUCAUUAUAAACAAAUAUAUAAAUAUAAAUAUUUACUUAAGAUGUGUAUGGGAUUAUUUAUUAUUUAACUGUAGUCUAGUUCAAUUUAGAGACCCUAAAUAAAUCUAAUAAUAAUUAUGUGAAAAAAAUUCACAAAGCCCCACAGAAUUUGUCCCUUGAAAAUGUUUACCUCUGGUGGGUCGUGCUUCGGUACAAUUUGUUCCAUUUCUAUGUUGACCUCUUUUGUUUCGGUAUUUUGUUGGUUUUCAUUUCUUCAUGGGUGGGAUGGAGCACUGAUGUGACUGAGACUGAGGCGGUGGGGAGCGUCCAGGGCUACCGUGGGCAGAAUCAUUCCUAAACUCAUGGAGGGACCACAUUAUUUCAACCAGCAAGAAAAAACGGUCAUGGGUAUAUUAAAGCAUUUCUCAUUUCCUGACUGAAAAUGUUGACUCUGUUUAGUACUCUCUUUUUCAAAUAUUUGUCUUAUGAAAAGCACAUGCAUUCACAGUACAGAAUUAGCGUCGUUUUUCAUGACACAAUGCAUCUGAGUGCUGUGUUGAUGUAGUGCCAUUUAAGUUAGAGGAUGCUAAAAAUAGAUCUAUAUAUAUAUAUAUAUAUAUAUAUAUAUAUAUAUAUAUAUAUAUAUAUAUAUAUAGACUGGGGUUUUGUUUGUGUUGUGUAAGAACCGAAUAGAGAGAAUUAAUCCUGUGUGUUGAGAUAUCAGUUAUGUAGAUAUACGUGCCAGUUUCAAUUUCAUCAAUAUUUUCUUGUUUCCCUCUCUCAAAAGCAUAUGCAGUAUCACAGGAUUUAAGCCUGCGAUAUUGAGGUAUAUUUUCAGAUGUACAUAUAAAAAUAUAUAUGCUUAUUUUUUAAGAGAUAGAUGAACUGCUAUAGUGUGAAAUGUCCAUGAAUUGCAUCAAAACAUCACCGGAAUGCCAGUUUAGAUUAUUUUUCUGCUCGAUCAAUCAAUCGAAAUGCAGAUGAUCAGAAAUAUCUGGUGUAUAUGAUAGCUCGACCUCUCGGCCGGAAUCAAGGGGGUUGUUUAAAUUAGCUACGAAAUGUAUCAGUUGAACCAUGUUCAUGGCAGGUUAACAGAUGCAAUAAAGUCUUUAAAGUUAUUGUUUUGUAUAGUAUUCAAACAGUAUAUAUUAAAGUCUAUCACUUUCCGAUGCAAGGAUGCUGAGUAAACAUCUUAUUAAUCUAGUAAUUGCACCAGAUUAGUUUUUACCCAUCAUUUUAUUUAGGGCUGAUGCAGCAGAUGUUGUUAUGAUGAGAUCCUUUAUAUUAUUGCAUGAUCAGAUGCUCAUAAUGCAAGCUUACCCAGACUUAUAGCUAUCUAUUUGAUAUUUUUCAGACUAUUUAAUUUGCCUGCGACUUUGAGGAAAACCAGGUUUCGCUUUUGGGUAGAAGGCCGUCGGCCUGCUUAAUGUAUUAGCGUGUCUCUCCCUCCCUCGUUCUCUCUCUCUUUCUCUUCCAUUCUCUGCUCUGGCCCACUCUUCCCCUCUUCUAAAUGAAUAUGCUACUCAACUUCUCCGUUGUUAGUGGUGUUUGAUAUGUCUUGUGAAACUCUCGAUGCCUUUGGGUUGUGCUGUAUUUAAUGUGUAUGAUAUUAUCUUAGCGUUUAUGAAGAUAUUGAUGAAAAUGGUUAUGACCAUGCUGAAAACUCAAUCACCAAAAUUAUCCAGAAAUUCUGUUGUAUUGUUCUAUGGAAUCCACAAAGGAAAUUCAAUAAAAAAAAUAAGUGAUCCUGUUGAAAAAAA